AUGGAUGGACAUGCUGAAAACGAGCCUUCAACGCAUGCGUGCAAGAGCUCUGCACCCCCAGAUGGUAAUAAGGUAGCAUUCGGAGAUGAAAGGCCAGCUCCUCGGCCCUCAGGUGCAGAGGCAGCAGGAGUCUUCGGCUCUCAUUUGAUGUCGACCCCGCUGUCGGGCCUGCCGUCUGGGUCCCUAAUGCACCACUUGGUUGCCCUUAGGAAAAAACAGUAUCUUCUGAACCGCCAUCAAUCGUCUGGUGGAUCUCCAGAUAAUGUAGCUAUUCCUUCUCCCGUUGGACCGUGCAACGUCGCGGCCAAAUUUGCUACGUCCACGCCCGCAGCACCGCCCUUUGAGAGCCGUGCUUCCAAGUGUGUUCGUCAAGCAGAUGCCAUCAGAUAUCCUCUGGCAGAGCUUACGGGAAAUAUUGCAGGUGUUGCUCACAGUUCCGACGAUGAGUCCACCGCGAAACCCUCUAAUGUGCCCAAGAAAUCAUGUCUGAUUAAUGAAAUGGAUGAAAAUUCGCUACCCAAUUGGAUGGAUAUCACUACUGAGACUUCUGGAUCGUAUGAUCCUGGUGCUUAUAAGAGUCCCAAAGAGUUUUCUUCAAAUAAAUAUAAUCAGUAUUCGACAGAUGAGACCUUAGGAAGUCAUACUAAUCAAAAACCGACCUCCGUACGUUCUGUAGAGGAACAGCUGCCUGAACCUGGUCCCCGUGGGGGUUUGAAUACGGAUUCUUCUCUUCUCUACCUACGAGAUCAAGAACGUCCUCUGUCUUCUACCAAUAAGUCUUUUGAAGAGCUUGUGUCGGAGAAACUGAAAGAAAAUUCGUUGGAUGUCAGCAUCUCGGACACUUCUCGGCCCAAAAGAAAAUUCUUGAAGAGAGGUUCAGGAAUGUCAAGAUUUCGCAGUCCUAAUAAUAUUGUGAGAGAGUCUUCUGAAACCACGAAUGAACCGACAGCAGCGGCCAAACCUAAAUUUUCUUUUUUGAAAAAAGGGACUGGGACUCGCAGGUAUAACGUUAAACCGUUGAAAAUUAAGAAAAAACAUGGAACUAAUAUGUCAACGCCAAUUAGUGAGAACCUUCUACUUGACGAUCUUGCAUCAAAUUUCAGAAAGCAGUCCAUGGCUGUUCAUGAAUUUCAGUUGUCAAAUGAUGGCGCAUUAGAAUUCAUGAGUCCGAUACGGUACGCUCAUCGACGCGAGUCAGAAGAACUAAAGGCGUUCGAAGCUCUCGAAGAACUGGCCGAGCACUCGAGCUUCUGUUCGAACGCUUCAGUGGUGACCAACUUGCUCCGUCGUGACGUGGAUGGCGGCAAUGCUUCCACACCCGUCGCCUCGCCUUCAAAUUACCGACGUUUAGCCGACAUUCGCGCUUGCAACGAUGCGUUCUGUCCAGAUUCUCCUCAUCCUCAUAAAGCGGACCUUCUCCUUAAAAAUCUUGAUUCAGAAAAGAGAGUAAUGUGUGAUGACGGCGCUAAGGCUAGAAAAUCCGUACAGUUUUGUGAACAGGGAGCGCAAAUUCUAGAAUUUUCCGCUGACGACGACGCAGUUAGUGAAGUGCCCACUACUUCUGAUGCUUCUGAAGUAUUUAAUGUAUCUGACUUGGAGAUCUUGAAUAAAAUGAGCGCUGAUGGGAAAAUACCAGCUUCAAUGUUCACCGUCGAAAAAGUUGAUGAUUCUCAUGGUCGGGGAGAGCGCAAUGAUGCCCCGUUAACCGUUCACCAUGAAGUGCUGCAGUUCUCACCGCCAAGAAUUCCUCGUAACAGCGCAUCGUUCCCAGUGUGGGAAGCAUUUGGCAAGAAUCGCAAGCAAACAAGCCGUCCGAACACCGACGUUAAUUACGAAAAGGCGGGCCGCGUUAAACCCGCGGAUGAUGGGCGCUGCGGCAAAGCGGCGUCGAGGAACGUGCCAGAAGCGACGAGUCUGCUGACGCCUCCAGGGGCUGGACUCAGGAAAGAAGAGUCAGACUUGGAGGCCCAUAAAGUGUUGCUCGUGUCCAAAGUCCAUGAACUCGAAAAUGAAAUAAAAACAUUCCAAACUGAAAACGCCGCUCUGGCAAAACUUCGUGCUACCGUCACCCGUGAAAGAGAAGUUUUUGAAAAGGAAAAACGAUUAUUUGAAGAAACUUUCGAGCGAGAGAGGAAGUAUAUGGAAGAGCAGUUUGAAGUGGAGAGGAAUCGACUGUGGAAAGAGAAAUGUGCCUUGGAAUUGAGUAAAAAAUCUGAACCGAAGACGACAAACAAUGUUCUUGAAAUCAUAAAUUUAAAGGAAGAAAUUUUAAUGUUGAAAAAUGAGAUGGAGCGCCGCGAAUCAUUGAAUAAUUUUAAUGUCAAUAAAUUGAAAAAUAAGCUAAAGGAAUUAACGGCGGAAAAGAAAGACUUUGAAGCCAAAGUGCAGAAAAUAUCUUCUCUUGAGAAAGAGAACUUGUCUUUAAAGCAUCAAUUAGACCGUGUUAAGCUCUCGUCUCGAAUUGGUUACGAGCGACUCGCUACUAAAUCAAAGCCUAAGAAUCCCAAUGUCGCUCCAUCAGUUCCUGUUAUUGGACGUCCUAGCUGCUCUUCUGCCUCUAAUCUUCGCAAGGACUUACUGAAGAAAUCUGUCUCGCCUUCUAACCACGUCCCACUAAAAACCGUAUCUUUUGAUGAGAAAUUGCUGGAAAACAUCGCCCCUGCUGAACAGCGAUCUCUUGAUUCCUAUCUAUCUAAUUCGAGUGAACGGACUAACACCUCGAGCACUCACAAUGGCAUCCUUCGUUCUGUUUCCUCGCUUGAUUGUUCGGAAGAAAAUUUGAGUGAUGGAUCCAAAGUAAUUACUUACGCCAACGGCAACAAGAAAACAAUCCUGCCAUCUGGCUGCGUGACCAUGGAAUAUUAUAACGGUGAUCGCAAAGAGACGUAUCGAGAUCGCAUCGUGUACUUCUACCAAGACACCGGGACCAAACAAACGACAUAUUUGGACGGCUCCGAAGAACUUGAAUUUCCGAACGGUCAGAUGGAAAUAAAACGGGCCGACACCUCAAUUGAAAUUACUUAUCCCGACAAAAGCAAGACCGUAAAGCUGCCUGACGGCACUGAGGUUCAUCACAACUCAGACGGCACUACGAUCACUUCGACGCCUUCGGGUGAAAAGGUCUUCAAUUUUGUGAGCGGGCAGCGUGAGAUCCACGGACCUGGCUUUAAGCGACGUGAAUAUCCUGAUGGUACCGCUAAAGUCAUCUACGACGACGGAAGCAGCGAGACAAAUUACCCUAAUGGACGUAUCCGAGUUAAAGAUAAACACGGCAAUGUUAUUUCAGAUACAAAACUUGGGCUUGAUCUCAAAGUUGGACAAGUGGUCCAGACUACAGUCACUACCUCAUACUGAAUAAUGAAAUCAAUCAUGCGAUAAGAGACGCACUUUUUCCAAUGGCGUGGCUCGUCGUUAAUCAUCCGUGUUCAUUAUUAUAUGCAGCGCUUGUAGAAACGCAUAGAUUUCAAUUGUACAUUUUAUUUAACAACCACUUUCUUACUGGGAAUUUGUCUGAGCAGCCAAGGAGAUCAAGUUUCUUAUUUCAUUGCAUGGAUUUUUACUCGCCAUUUACUUUUUUUAUCUAUCGUAGAAGCUUCUUGACCUCAAUUUUGUUGGCAACGCAGAGAGAGCUAAAAAGUAUUGUAUUAUUACGUUGUAAUUUCAUCACCAUGGUUGAUUAUUUUAGUUGACAAGUUCAUUUAAGAAACGUAUUUACUUUGACUUAGUUCUAGCUCUACUCCUUUAUAUUUGCUGAAGGUCUCCAAUAUCAUAAAAUCCCAGCUAAAAAAAGUUAUGUUUUGUGCGUAAUGUUUCUGGCUAAAUCUGAAUUUCAGUCGAAUCGUUCCUUCUGUUCACAAACGUCAUUAUUCCUGUUCACCAAAGUACCCGGUCGAGCUGAAAAACAAACGGCGCAAUAUAUUCGAUUUAUCGGUAUAAUUUUUUUUAGAAUCUCAUUUAUUUUGUUAGGCAUUGCUGGUAAUAUGUGAUGUAAUCAGUUGGUUUUGAUUACACCGUGUUUGGUUUUUAGAUUUCCAAAUAUUUUUCACUGGACUUGACUUUUUCUCCAUUCGUUCACCAACGCUGAGGAAGCGCUAACUCAUGUUUACUCGUACUGUAAAGAACUACAUGUUCAGUGGCACGUUAUCAAUGUAUUUAUCCUGCUAUCUUUCUCAUAUCCUAUAUUAGCAGGAUAAAUUUUCCUCUACAUCUUAAGUUUAACGCUAAUAAACCGCCAUCUUCUUUUAAGAAUGAUGCAAGUAAUAGUUGUUGCGAUGUUUAAAGCGAGGCCGGCUAGUCUUGCACUUCUAGUAUUACCUAUUUUUUUUUUUAUUUCUGGAGGUUGCGCAAUAUUUUUUUUGCAUUCCUAUUCUUAACUAUUACCUUAUUCUUAUUAUUCGUAGAAGAACAAAAAUGUUAUACUUGAGCUAAUAAAUUGUAAUACAUGU